UAGUGUGUUGGCAUUUGCCAUUUCUCAAACCCCAAUCUGUUAAAACGAGUAUCGAUCUAGCCACUGACGGCUGCUAACGUGCGCAGGGUUGAUAGAGAGAAGCAUCGAAAAGGAUGGGGAAGACGCCGGUGAAGAUGAGGGCUGUGGUUUACGCCCUAUCGCCGUUCCAGCAGAAGGUGAUGACGGGUCUCUGGAAGGAUCUCCCCGGUAAGAUCCACCACAAGGUCUCCGAGAACUGGCUCAACGCCACCCUCCUCCUCGCUCCCCUCGUUGGUGUCUAUGGGUAUGUCCAGCACUACGAGGAAAAAGAGAAGAUGGAGCACAGGUACUGAAGUCUUGCAUGAAGCCAAUUGCUUUUUGUUUCUACAAAGAACCUCGUUUUUUUUUCCUUAGUUUUGUCAGUAAAUAAGCUACUGUUUCAGUAUUGACUGCAGCCGAAGUUGUUGGAACUUCGCAAUUUUAUUGUCAUUUUGAUGUAUCGGUUUUUGUGACUUCUAAAUCUAAACUCUCUUCUGUUUUUACUUCCCA